UUUGCAUUUCCAAAUUGCCCAGUGGGGAAACGGUUAACAGACCUCAAGCCCUUGUUCAGAGACAUAUUUGUCUUGUCAACGUCACGUUCCCAUCUCUCUCUGUGUGAAACCCAAGAUUCGCGCCAUGGAAUCGAAGCCUCCUCGUCGCAUAAACGUUCAUCAGGCCCUCGGCGGUGGCUCAGUUGCUGAUGUGUUGCUGUGGAAGAAUUGGUAUGGAGGGGUUGUGGGGCUGAUCUCUGCCACGACUCUGUGGUGCCUCUUCGAAGUGGCGGGCUAUAACCCUCUAUCGUUUGUGGCAAAUGUUCUAUUGCUCCUUGUUGUCAUUCUCUUUUUCUGGGCAAAAUCUGCUUCUCUUCUCAAUAGGCCUCUUCCUCCCAUUCCUGACUUGGAAAUUUCUGAAGAGUUUGUUGCGAAGGCUGCUGAUGCGAUGCAAGUGUGGAUCAAUCCUGCAUUGUCAAUUGCACGUGACAUUGCGCUUGGGAGGAAUUUAAAACUUUUCCUUAAGGUUGCUAUUGGCUUGUGGAUAGUAUCUUUUAUAGGUAGUCUCUUCAACUUCAUUACUCUGGUCUUUAUCGGGGUUCUUGUUAGUCUUUCAGUUCCUGUGGUUUAUGACAAGUUCCAGGACCACAUUAAUGAGCAGCUGUGGGUAGUGCUUGGAAUCUUACAGGUGCAGUAUAGGAAAAUUGAUGAUAACCUUCUAAAAAAGAUUCCAAUAUCUUUUAACAAGGAAAAGAAGACCCAGUAGGAUAUCGAGUAGUUCGGCCAAGUUUGAUUAGGAGCUUAGAGAUGGGUUUUCAAUACAUGAAGUCUUUUAGAUUUCUGUUUGCCGGGAUGCUGUCAGGUCAUAUUAAGUGCCAGUUAGCAUGAUUCAAAAAAAAAAAAAAAAAAAAAAAAUACACUCCCACUAAUCAGGAGCAGAUCUGACACUAAUAGCUACCACAUUUUCGAGUGUUCAAUUUUUCAUUUUUUUUUUUUUUCCCCUGGGGAGACGGUUGAUAAUUUUUGGACUACAGUUAUUUGACCCUUUUGGUUAUGCAUUGUGUGUUCAUCCGCUGUAGAUGACAUAUUGCCCCCUUGUGAGGGUAAAACUUCCGCUUGCUAAUGAAAUCCAGAAUUUUCAGACUUCCUGGCA